CAGCAAUCGCAACCUACUUUGCGACUAGUUGACGGUAAGGCAUCAUGGCGAUCGGUUAGGAAUAUGUUCAUGUUUUGCUUAAAAAAUUCGCUGUGAUAGGAAUCUCGAUCUCGCAUUGUAAAUCAACGUUAGAUUUCUCAUCGGACGACUGUACGUCGAUUUUUCAUCGUCUAACGACGUGUAAACGCGAAUGACACGAUGGUGAAGCUCACCGAGGAGAUGGUUGUGGCUCGCACACGAGUGUCUGACUUUUCCGCCGUAAAGAAACUCAAUUGCUGGGGAACAGAAUUAACAGAUGUUAGCAUCUUAAGAAAAAUGAAGAAUGUAGAAGUAUUAUCACUGAGCAUAAAUAAUAUUAACACCCUUGCUGAUUUUCAAUAUUGCCAAAAGCUUAAGGAUUUAUUUAUAAGAAGAAACAAUAUCAAAGAUUUAAAUGAAGUUUGUUAUCUCCAAGGAUUACCUAAUUUACGAAACUUAUGGCUUGGUGAAAAUCCGUGUGCAGAAAAAGAUGGAUAUCGAUUAGCUGUACUUAGAGCAUUGCCAAAUCUUGAAAAAUUGGACGAUAAAGUAGUAUCAUCCGACGAAGUGCAAACUGCAUUAGCAAUUGGUCGAUCUUUAGUACAUCCUCUUGACGUUGAUGCUUCUCCCCAAUCAGAUGCAGCAAGUCCAGAGGAUAUUGCAAUUGAUUAUAUUGCAAUUGAAUACGUUGAGGAAACUGAAUUGGAACGGCCUAGGCGAUACAGUUCUUCUAGCGAUCAGAGAAGCUUUGAUGAAACACAACAUACGCAUGACAAAUAUGAUCCUGACAGAAGAAACGCAAAUUAUAGCUCAUCAACAUCCCAUCAUUACUCACAAAAUAAUCAGUAUGCAUAUGAGCUACAAAAUGGACAUUCAAAGAAUCAGAGCAAAGAUGAUACUGUGCGUACAGAGUCACGCAACAACAGUGAGACUGUGGCAACUAACACUCUUGAAAUAUCUAAGGAUUACGAUGAUCGACCAGUAAUACAACGGAACAAUGGAGAUUAUGAUGAAAGGCGAGCUUAUUCUGAAUACAGUGGAAACGAAGUGUCUCAGCGUAUGUAUACACCAACGUCGCAACGUACACAGUACGCUGUCGGUGAAACCGCAGAUGACAAGCGCAACGAUAGAAAUAACUAUAGCUACGACGAAAGAACAAGGUUAGAAUAUGAAGACUCUCAGCAACAGACACCUCAGCCAAGAAGGAUGGCAGUUCAUAAUGAAAAAGUCGAAAGGGAAGACACAACUCAAGUGCCCGGUUGGGUGAGGCAUUCCGAAAAAGACAAAUGUAGAACACAAUUUUACUAUCAGAGGCGGCCAGUAACAAGAAAUUCAAAUAUACUAUCAGCUGUACUGUGCUUGGUCAAAGAAUUGGAUUAUCCGAGCCUUGAAGUUGUGGAGAUGGCUGUUAGAAAUAGAAUGGAUGAACUAGAAGAAUGAUGUUUCUGACACCGUCCCCAAAAUCCACAGGGGACGGUCACUUUUUCCCAUAUUGACAGCAUGUCAUCGGUUCCCAGCCCGGAAUUCUCCGACUCGCUUGAUUCUACAAUAACAUUUAAUCAGUAUCCUGAUAACGAUGGGAAUCAUAACAUCGAUGAGCAUCAUGUACUUGAUCGUCAGUUAAGUGAAGAAACUAACGACAAAUAUCAAAAUCGACGAAACGGAUGUGCCGAAAAAAUUUGCUCAACACAUAACACGAAAGCAGUAUCGAUCAAUCCGAGCCCGAGAUUGCUCGGCAGUAAUCAAUCUAUAUAUAAAAUUAGAGACUCUACGUUAGACAAUUUGCCGUCGAGAAAUUAUCAAGAGAGAAAAGCCAAUGACGUAAGACGCGUAGCAAGCAGCGAUAGUAUUCCUCGUGGUUAUAGCAAUGUUAUUUUGAAUCAGGGAUGCAGGGUUUUAAGUCAAGAUUGCGUAAGAAGAUCAAAAAGUCCGGACGUUAGACAUACAAUAGCGCCUCUCCGUUAUAUCCAAUCGGCAAAAGGAACGUGGACGUAUAAUUUGUAAGUUGUAUUGAUAAUUUUACAAAUUGCUUUUUUUUUUUUCAAGUAACGUAAGUGCGACUAGAAAUAAUUUUCACAAUAUAAAAAAAAAGAGAAGGACGGAAAUUGAAACGAUUAAUUAGUAAGAGAGUAACAAAAGAGACUUACAAAAGAUCGGUCUCGUCGUGUUAUGUUAAAAGAGAGAAGCAUAGAAGUAUAUUUGUAAAAUUUACAAAUGAUUGUGAUAUUUCCGCAAGGACUGAAGAGACACAAGUACUUUCUUCAUAUUUUAUGUACAUAUGUAUUUGACAGAAUGUUUAAAUAAUCUCUGUUAAUGCUUUACUGACCGGCCGUCCACUACUAGAUGACAAUUCAUUUAUCAAAUACUAAUUGAUCAGAAUAAUUUACUGGUUGCUGAGACGAUAGUUGCAGCGUAUUCGCGAAUAAACUGAUUGUUUACAUAGUGACUCUGUUUUGAGCCGGUUGUUAAGAUGUUAAUUAUAAAAAUUGAAUUUAAAAUAAUAUCUUGAUUUCAGUAAAUAAUUAGAGGGGCGAUAAAUACAUGCGUAAUUUUAUUUUACAAGUUGUUAAGUUUUACUAGAGUUUUAUUACCUUAUACACAAUCUUCCCUAAAUUUCUAGAACUGAGAUCUGAAUAAUCAGCUAUAUAUAUUUAUAUAUGUAAAUUAUAUAUAAUAAAAUAAACAUUUGUUAAAUUUAUCAGUUUCUCUAUACUUGUGUAUAAGAUAUAAAAUCAAAGAUAAAUUGUAUAUGUAUGCUCUAUUAAAUAUUUUCUAAGUAAAAUCAUGUUUAGUGUUUUUAUAAUUAGAAAGAAAGGAAAUUAUUUGAAGUAAUAUUGUAGGAUAUUUAUAACAUUUAAAGAAAUGCAAUAAGUUUUACAAUAUAAAGACGCGCACUCACAUGCAGAAGAUAAUUUCGUGUAUAUAUAAAGAAUAUUCUAUUAAAACUAUUUUAUUCUGCAAAAACUAUUUUAAAUUAUAUGUGUAUAU